GCGAGCGCACCUGACGUUGCCAAGAUGCAGUGCUUCAUAUGCGUGACGUACAUGUUCUUCAUCUGCAGCGCCUCCCCGCGGCGCGACCUCGAACCAGAGCAGCGAUCUCUCUUCCACGACGUCAUUGAGUCGCUCAAGAUCAGGGCCCAGCUCCCAGAAGACACCAACCGCAACGACGAAAACAAUCUUGGACAAAUAUACGAAAGGUAUGGAUACGAAAAUGAAGACAUUCAUCUCCCUAACGACGCCGAAUUCAUACCCAGAAGAAACGACAGAAUCGCAUUGCCAUCCCUGAAGUACAGGCUUCCUAAAAGCUUAGCUGUCAAUGACACAAUCCUCAUUGAAAAAUCUAACGACAAGGAUCCCGGAGAAAAAACUAAACAAGAAGAAAUCGUCAUAUUUGUUAGCACAUCUGAACUGCCUCCCAAAACGACAACGCAAAAGAUUAAAAGAAAGCCAUCCAAACAACCUGGUAAAGAUAAAACCCCAAAUCUAGGAGCAGUAGUUGACGAUGGAAAUAAAAGCCUCAAAGUGCCAAUCGUUAACACAAUGGCUGAUGAAAGUCACAUUGGAAAUAAAGAUUAUCACAUGGUCGUUACACCGAAUAUUGUUGUAAACUUUCGUACCAAUGAAAACUACAAACAAGGAACUGUACGAAUAGAAGAUGGAAAAAACACAACUAACAUUAUUCCUGAAGUAGUUCCUCAGAACGUGUUCAAUAUACACCAGGAAGUUAAAUUAGAGAAAGGAGUAAUGGAAGCGGAGUUUAAGAAAGGUGAAACGGAGACAAAGAAAGUGAAGCAAGAUGUAAAGGUGGUUGCUAGAGACGUGAAACCGAUAAUACAAGAGGACAUGGUGGGAGUUGAGACAGCGACUGUGGAUCCCGACGAUGACGAUGAUCGUAGUGGACGGUCGUUUAGGAACGUAUUUCAAAUUUUGUUUUCAAUCUAAAAUGUCUGACAAUAAUAUUGGAAUAAUAUUCACACGAGUUGAUUAGAAUAACUUAGGUUAGGGAAGUACAGAUAAGGUUAUUUUGAUAAUUAUUAAAACUCUAAACUAUAAUUAUUUCUAAAAUUUGUUGCUGAUUUUAGAUCCUAAUUCUAAAGUAUAUUUUUAAAUGUAUAACGAAAUGCAACACGGGAGCGAUGAGGUUUUUACUUAUGCCAAAACAAUUUAAAAAGUCAAAUGACCUGUUAGAAAAGUAACGUUAAUUAAUAACUUAAGAUACAAAAUUAUGUGCAAUUUAAUUUUAGCUAAGUAUUUUAUAAUUUAAUGUAAAUGACCUAAGCAUAUGGAAAAACAUAUCAUCAUGUAUUAUAACUUCUUUGAUUACAAUAAAUUCAACAAAUUAAUAACUUCAACUUAAGAUUUCAAAGGAGAAUGAUUGAUAGAUAACUCUUUUGAACUCUAGGGUCAGAGUUGAGGCUGAUGUCGAUCAAAUCGGCUCUUUCACAUUCUUUGACGGUGUCUUCCGAUGCUGGCUUU